AUGUCUAUAUACGAGCAAGUCGACAAGUACGCGGAGCGCUUCUUGAUUGGAGAGGACGACGGACUCGGACAUGCGAUCGAGAACUGUACACAGAAUGGCUUGCCGCCCAUCCGCGUCAGUGCAAUGCAGGGCAAGUUUAUCAUGAUGCAAGCCAAGCUGAUAGGCGCUAGACGCAUUCUAGAGGUUGGAACGCUUGGUGGAUACAGCACCAUCUGGCUGGCAAGAGCACUCUCGCACAACGGCGAGCUUAUUAGCUGCGAAUGCAGCUCUGAUUUCGCCCAAGUAGCCAGAUCUAAUGUGGAGUAUGCAAAAGUGGCGCCCAAGGUCGAUAUAAGAGUUGGGGCAGCUUUGGAAACCAUCUCACGCUUAGAUGAUAUUCCAUUUGAUUUCGUUUUCAUAGAUGCGGAUAAAAGCAACAGUCCCAACUACCUCGCAGAAUCCGUGAAGCGGACACGUAAAGGCGCGAUGAUUGUGAUCGAUAACACUAUCCAGGACGCUCGGUCGUUCCUCGAUCCGAACAACAUGACGCCAAAUGUACUCGGUAAUCGCCAGGUGUACAAAUUGCUGCAGGAGUAUGAGGCCAGAGGGGAGCUCAUAGCCACCCAUCAGCAAAUCGCGAAUGAGAAAGGCACAGAUGCGUUUGUGUUGGCUGUGCGUGUGUAA